AUACAGGGCUGAUAUUAUUAUAUAUUAUUAAUUGUUUUAUAUGUUAGAUUUGGGGGUAUUGCAAAGCGGCCCUCAGGUAACACUGAAGUUUAUGUUAUGAUUAUGCUCAAUGGACUUUUUUCCAGAGCUGUAAUAAAUAAAUUAAAAAGGUUAUGAUUAUUGUACAAUUUGAUUUUAUGUUUAUUGUUUACAUAUUUUUGUUAUAAAUUAUAAUCAAACUAUUACUAUAUGCAGUGAAACUUACAUGCUUUUAAAAUGACUAUAUUCAGAUUACUUAUAUUAACAUCUGUAUUGAAAUAUGUACUUUCAGUAAAUUACGACAGUAAGGGAUAUUUAGCUUACUGCCCUUGCAUGGGUAGAUUUGGGAAUCAAGCAGAUCAUUUUCUAGGUGUGUUAGCAUUCAGUAAAGCUCUUAACAGAACACUUGUUUUGCCUCCAUGGGUUGAAUAUAGAUAUGGGGAGCCAAAAUCUAUGCAAGUGCCAUUCGAUACAUAUUUUAGUGUAAAAGGACUCUCAGAAUACCACAAAGUUAUUACUAUGGAAGAUUUUAUGAAAACUAUUGGGCCUUCAAUAUGGCCACCAGAUAGAAGAAUUGCAUUUUGCUAUACUCAAAGAACUGGGGAAAUUGAAUUGAGUUGCAAUGCAAAAUCAGGGAAUCCAUUUGGUCCAUUUUGGGACACUUUUAACAUUGAUUUUGUGGGAUCUGAAUUUUAUGGACCUCUUAAUUAUGAUGCACACAACAGUGUUAUGAUAGAAAAGUGGACAACUAAAUAUCCCCCAGAUCAGUGGCCAGUUUUAGCAUUCACAGGGGCACCAGCAAGUUUUCCAGUGCAAAGUGAAAAUUUUCAUUUGCAUAAGUACUUAAAGUGGAAUGAUGUUAUGACAAACAAAUCCAAGCAGUAUUUAAAAAAAAAUAUGAGUGGAGGUGGUUUCUUGGGUAUACAUCUUAGAAAUGGUCAAGACUGGGUAAGGGCAUGUCAGCAUGUCAAAGACAGUUCAUUGCUGUUUGCGGCUCCGCAAUGUGUUGGAUACAAAAAUGAAAGGGGACCUUUAACUAUGUCCAUGUGUAUACCUCAAGGACCUGAAAUUAUAAGGCAAGUGAAAAGAGCACUCAAGAAACUGGAUGACAUAAAAUAUGUGUUUGUAGCAUCUGAUGCAAAUCACAUGAUUGAUGAAUUGAAUACAAGCCUACAACGCUUCGAUGUAAAGGUGUUGAGAUUACAGCCAGGAAACCCACAUUUAGACUUAGCCAUAUUAGCUCAAGCUAAUUAUUUUAUUGGCAACUGCGUCUCAUCUUUCAGUGCUUUUGUGAAACGAGAAAGAGAUGUACGAGGAUUACCAUCAGAAUUUUGGUCAUUUCCUCAACGCAAGAAAACUAAACACGAAGAACUAUAAUUGAACUAUGAUUAAGUAUAGAGAUAUUUCUAACAAUAAAUGCCUUUGAGAUUUUCGUAAU